AUGGGAACACUCACAGAGACCGAUCGGACUCGUGUGUCCACAACUGCCGCCGAGAGUUUCGUGAACGACUUCUAUACCAGUCUCAAUGGGUCCCGCGGCCAGAUUGCCUCCUUCUACGUGCCCUCCAACGACCCCUCCACCGGCCGCGUGCUCCCUCACAUCAGCUUCAAUGGAGAGCAGCUCCAAGAUGCCAAUGUUCUUCAAGAUCGCUUCCAGAAGCAGAUGCCGUGGACGCACUUUGAGCCACAAUCUGUCAACGUGCAUGUGCUCAAUCCCAGCGUCAACCCCAUUGACAGCAGCAAAGUCUCGAAGCGAGAGCUGGAGCAAAACAUGUCGUUCACGGUGCAGGUCUCGGGAUACGUUCGACUAGUAGAGCGCAGGGAUGGGCCGAUGAGGGGCUUCAGCGACAACUUUGUGCUCGUGCCCAACCAAGAGGAGGUGGGAGGGCGGGGAACGGGGAAGCAGGGUGAGGGGAGGAAGUGGUUGAUUCAAAGUCAGAAUCUCAGAUUCGUCGUGUGA